GAGCCAGGGGCGUCCUCCAGCCCGAUCAGCUGUUGGCUGGGCUCGAUCACAACAAAAGGCUCGGCGGGAGGCAGAGACCGGACGAGUCGCCUCCGGGAUCUUUCCUUCGCCUCCCGCGACAUCUACCUCACCCCCGGCCCCGGAGAGAGCGCGGACGGAUUUUGUAGCAACUGUUUACAAAUCAUGGCUCCCCAUGUUCUGUGCCUAAGCUGAUAAAAGCCUUUAUGCACUUUAAUCUUCUACCUGCGUCCUUACCUGGCACAUUGUGGAGCUGUACCGUAACUCGUGGAUACAAAGAAGUGCCAGAAAGACCUUUGUUAUUGCCUUAGUCAUGUUCCAGAGGCUGAAUAAUAUGUUCAUGGAAGAAAUCAAUAAUUUGCCCAGCCAAGAGCCAGCGUUUAGUGAGAAGGAAGAGGAGGAGUGGAUUGUGGUGGAUUUUAUAGACACCUGUAAUAACUUCUCAAUGGUGGAAGAAGAAGACGAGGAGGAGGAGGAGGAGGAGGAAGAUAACUGCAACAUCCAUGAAACAUCAUCUGUUGAUCAUCCGCCUGUAUUCUCUCACCUGCCUAAUUCUUUGGAAUGUCUGUCCGACGCCAGUGAAUCUUGCUUUAUCCAGUUUGACUCAUGCCCCAUGGAAGAGAGCUGGUUCAUUACGCCACCACCGUGCUUCACAGCAGGUGGCCUGGCCACUCUCAAAGUGGAGACCAGCCCUUUGGAGAACCUUCUGAUUGAACAUCCCAGCAUGUCUGUUUAUGCAGUCCAUAAUACACACCAUAGUCUCAACAAGACUAGUUGUGGUGAUGAGGAAGAGGAGGAGGAAGAUGAAGAGGAGAAAGAGAAUCGCAAUGCUACUAAUCCUCAAUCAGAAGCCCAAAGCCAAAUGGGUCAACACAUCAGAUGCUACAUAGCAACACUCGCCACUCACUCAACCUUUCUUGAACAGACCAAGAACUUGCGUCCUUCCCAGUGGACAAAAGAACACCAUGAAAGACAAUAUCUGACCAGAAAUUGCCUCCGUCGCCAAAACCUGACCAGGGAUUGCUACUCUCGGCAACUCAAGAACAACGGAAUUCUUGUUCACCAGCCUUGCCAGCGUCAGUAUAAUUACUGAGUGUUUUGCAUUAUUAUUAUAAUUAUUAUAACUGUUAUUGUUGUUUUCAGAAAUAAUAUUGGUUAACUGUUCUUGUUUUUUAUACUUGUGUGUGUGUAGAUUAUGAAGGCGAUUUCCAUCUUAUGCUGAUUAUCAGUUGUUUCUACACCACCACUGAGUGUUACAGUUAGUUUGUAAACCACAUUGAUGUUAAUGAUGUAUCACAGAUUGCCUUUAUGAUAUUUUACUUGUGGCUCAGAAACAUAUAAAGAGUUUGUGUGCUUGGGGGUGGGAUAGGGGGUUGUAUGUGACUUUAGGAACUUUCUGAUGUAUGGAUGGGUUUGUUUUUAUAUUGGUAUUUUUAGCCAAGACGUAGCAGGCAAUUUUCAUUCAUAAUUGUAGUCCAAAUGCAGUUACAGAAUUUCUCAGGGUCAGUUGUACACUUGCAAUGAUCUGUGUAUACUGUAAAAUUUGUUUUAACAAUCUAGAAUAGCCAUUAUAAUGUGAUGGACAGUAUGGCAUUGAGCUCCCAAUGAGGAGUGAAUUCAAUACGUAGCCAGAAGUGUGGAAAAAUAGUGGAAAGGACCUAUAAAAGGACCUACUGUCAGCUUAUGUCUCAUCUCAGAGGUUUGUUGUAUUUGCCUAGAUUCAUAGACAAAGGAGAUACCUCACAGCAAAGUCCCACUGGAAAUAAGUGAUUAGUUUCCGCAACCUGGCACCUUUUAGCUGUGUUGGAUGGCAACUCUCAUCAUCCCUUGAGAGUAAAGUGUGCCACAGAUAGCUCAACAUGUCCAGAAAGCACAAGGCAAUACUAGGCUUUGUGUAGUAUGUUGUAUCUAUUUGACCUGAAAGACAAUGAAAACAAACUCAGGGCUUCAUGCUUUGAAAUUUCAGCCAAAUAGAUGUCUGCUUUUAAAAAAAAAAUACCCCCACACUAUAUUUCUAUAAUUAUGAGGGGUGCAUUGCUGUAAAUGGGAUGGGCAACAUAGUUUUCCAGGUGUCAUUGGACUGGGAUGCCCAUUAUCCUUAGCUAAUGGCUAGGGCCAAUGGUUGUUCCAGCAAGACCACAAGUUGUUCCAUAUUGAUUUUAAAACUUUGGUAACAUGUUAGGAACUACUUUGGGGGAAUCGGAAGGAGCGGAUUCCUGCAUAGUUGAAAUGACUUUCUAGUUAGGAGCCCUGUGUCUGCUUUUUCUCCUUUCCCCUUUAAAUUUCUGGGCAUAAAGCACAAAAUAUUUUUCGCUUUCCUUCAAGUCAGUUAGUCGACUGUACAUUUCUGGCUAUAUAAGGCCUUAAACCUGCAGCCACAGCCCUGAAGUGACUCUCCACCAAGGGUUCACCAUCUCAUUUUUUUUGUUGGCAUUAUUGAUGAAAACUAGUAUUUGAUUUUCAAGUGAUACAAAAUUCACAACUACCUUCUUAGAAUAUCCUACUGCAGUGGUUCUCAACCUGGGUCCCCAGAUGUUUUUGGCCUACAACUCCCAGAAUCCUAGCUAGUUUACCAGAUGUUAGGAUUUCUGGGAGUCGAAGGCUAAAGAACAUCUGGGGACCCCAGGUUGUGAACUACUGUCCUACUGGUUUAUGCUUCGUUUAUCUCUGUAGAAUCUGUUGUGGCCUGAAAUUGUGCCACUCACUGUUUUGUGGACAAUCUGAUUCAAGACCAUGUAACUACACGUCUGUCCUUCCCUUUCUGCUGCUUCACUUGAAAUACUAUCAAUGUAUUUAACAGGCCUUCUUUUAAAAAGGCAUUUAUGGGGACACAAUUUUUGUUGUCUAAAGUAAAGUCCAAAGAACUUUGAAGGAAUUCAAAUUCUUAGGUAACUGUAAUGAUUAAGUGCUUUGAGUACAGUCUCCAUGUUUAGACAGAUAAAUAUUGGAACCUACUUACCCUCUCUAGUCCUGUGGACCCAUUUUUCCACUAAAAUUUCAUAGUUUUCAGUCCAGUCAAUUGCUCUUUUUGGUUGUUUUUCAAAACACUUACAAUUUUAUUAGCCACCAGGAAUUUUUAAUCUUUUUUUUUCAGUUUUCAGGCAAAUACCACAUACACAGUUUUAAGCUCAGGAAUUCCUCAGUGUUUUAAUAUAGAUUCCCAAGAAUCAGCUUUGCUCAGUGUAGGUUCUUACCCAUUACCUGUCUCCAUUAGGUAUUUGGCUUUUAUCCUCUCUCUUAAGGGACCUAAAAAUGAAGGUCUGCUCUUCUGCUUUAUAAGGCAGGAAGAGCCUCUGGAACCAAUUUUUGGCCAGUAUAAAGGACUGCAAGGAAGAGAGUGGGUAGAAAAAGUCCCAUUGUAACUGCCAGCAUACAUUAGAAGUUGUUCAUUAUUUUAAAAUACAAGCACUAUUUAAAAAUAAACAUAGGCUUAACUGUAACAUAUGUGCUUUUGCGGUUCUCAUUGUUGGAAACAAUGCUGUUGUGGAAGGAAUGACUGUGUGUACAUUACGACGUUACACUCUUCAUUAUCGUACAUAUUUAUGUUACUUUUUCUAUUAUGUGUCUGCAAGUCUUGGACUUAUUAUUAAGAGUUGUGUGGAUUUCCCCCUUCAAAUGAUAUGUGUUGUAUAAGUAUGACUUUUUAUAUAGUUAUUCCCCCCCCCCCCCAAAAAAAUUUGUAUUAACUUGUAAAAGUGAGGCCUUGUGCUAUGUCGAAUGGUGUUUCAAUAAUUACGCUGAAACUGUUUUUCCAUAUGUAUUGUAAACAAAACUGUGCCUUUUGCAACUGACUUGUACACAGCAGACUUGAAUUUGAAGCUUACAAGAAGGGACAUUUCUGUCAAGAUAAAUACUGUACAUCAGUCUAUGCAUUAUCAAUGGCAGCUUCUUUGUGGAGCCUUUGUUGUUGUUGUUUUUGUACCAAUACUUUAGAUAUUCAAGGCUCUAUCACUUUGAUACGACCAAACAUAUGUAGCUGUAAAAACUCAAGACUGGCUGUUUGUCAGGUACAUUGUGUAAUUUAAUGUAGCUGAUUCCAUUUGCUUAGCUCACAGAUAGGGAAUUUGUAUUUUCCCAAAUAUUUUUGUUAGGCUCCAAAGUCUGUCAUGUCUUAAUCAUAUGGACAGCAAGGAUGGGGAGUCGGAGCUGAAGGACAUCUUUAUAAUGUGCCCCUGGAUUAUCCUCUGAAAUAGGCAGGGCAAAAUAAACUGUUUUUUCCUCAUACUUAAAAUUUAUAUUUUCCAUGUGAUUAAACCGAAUUCAUUCCCACUGAGUUCAAUUGAAAAUCCAGCCACUCUUCUGCUGCAACGUUGGUGAUCUUUUGAAAUGACAUGAAAUUUGAGGCAAACAUGUUAUUCUGGAUUAAGCAUCCCUUACCUGAAAAGCUUGGAACCAGAAGCAUUUUGUAUUUUUGAAUAUCUAUACAUUUGUAUAUUAUACACAUGUACAUGAGAUAUCAUGCAGAUGGGACUGAAGUGUAAACAUGAAAUUCGUGUAUGCAUUAUAUAUACUUUAUACACAUAGUUUGAAGAAAAUAUAUUUCACAUUUGUGUAUGCAUGAAACAAAGUUUGUGUACAUUGAACUAUCAGAAAGCAAAGGUGUCACUGUCUCAGGCACAUAUGUAGAUACCAGUAAUUUCAGAUUUUUAAACUAUUUUGGAUUUCCAGAUAAGGGAUGCUCAACUUAUAAACAUAUACUAUGACUGCCAGAUUUCCAAUAGAUGGGACAAAAAGUUUCCAUUUGAUGGGUAAUUUUAAAAGGCACAUAGAUUCAGCUUAGCCACUACCUAAACCAGAAAAUAUCUUGUUCUGCCAGUUUCAUUAUGCUUUGUUUCUAGAAACUCCAUGUAUCCAUGUACCAUUUCUGUGGUCCAGACUAUUCAAAAGAAAAUGAAUUAGAAAUUCA